UGAGGCUCAGGAAGCAAUAGCAAAUUCAUCAUCAUCAGCAUCAUGAUGAUGCAGCGGCAGCUUCCAGUGCGGCUGAUGAAGUCCCUCGCUGUGUCUUCUUCGCGUCCAUACACCUCUACUCUCCAAGAACUUGCUUUUGCCCACCACCCCAAAGGUGUGGCAAAAGUUGUACUGAAGAAAGGGAAGACACAACUCUUCAAGGAUGGAAGCCCAAUGGUUUAUAGUGGAGCAGUCGAUAGAAUAAUUGGUAGACCGCCGCCGAGGACAGGUGAUGUUGUGCUGGUAGCCGAUGGUGAAGAGACACCUAUAGGGUGGGGCAUGUACAAUUCUGUUUCCAUGUUCUGUGUUCGGAUGAUGCAGCUAGAAGAAGAAGCAAAAAGAGAACCUUCAUGUGCAUUAGACGUGGAGAAGCUGCUUGAAACGAGAAUAGAUGCAGCCAUAGAACUGCGUAGGAGUUUGGGCCUUCCCUCAGCGAAUACAAACGCUUUUCGACUUGUGAAUAGUGAAGGGGAUAGAUUGUCAGGACUGAUAGUUGAUGUCUUUGGGGAUAUAGCUGUAAUAGCGUCGUCUGCUGCUUGGGUUGAGAAAUACAAACCAGAAAUUGAGGCCUGCAUCAGUAGAAUUAGUGAAAUUAACCACAUAAACUGGAGACCCUCUGUCGAAAUUUUGAAGGAAGAAGGAUUAGAUGCGUUAAAUCUGAAGCAAUUACAUUCAUCUACUUGCCCCACAAGAACAAAGGUCGUCGAAAAUGGGAUUUGUUAUGCUAUUUCACUUGAAGGGCAGAAGACUGGAUUUUAUGCUGAUCAACGCGAGAACCGUCAAUUCAUAUCAACAGUUUCAGAUGGCCAGAAAGUGCUCGAUGUUUGCUGCUACAGUGGUGGCUUUGCUCUCAAUGCCGCACGAGGAGGCGCCAUUAAUGCUACAGGUAUUGAUUCAUCAGUGCCGGCUCUAGAGCUAGCGAAAGAAAAUAUUGUUCUUAAUAACAUGGAUCCGGAAAGAAUAUCAUUUCUAAGAGAAGAUGCAACUGUGUUCAUGAAGGAUGCUCUUUCUAGAAAUGAAUCUUGGGACAUUGUCAUUUUAGAUCCUCCUAAACUAGCACCACGAAAAAAGGUUUUACAAAGUGCAUCGGGCAUGUAUCGGACAUUAAAUUCAUUGGCGAUGCGGUUGACAAAGAAAGGCGGUCUUCUUAUGACUUGUUCAUGUUCUGGAGCCAUGACCCAAAGUGGGAUGUUCUUGCGCAUUCUUCAGGGAGCUGCAUCUAUGGCGGGAAGAAAGAUUACAUUUUUAAGACAGAGUGGAGCGGCAUGUGAUCAUCCUAUUGAUCCAUCUUACCCAGAAGGCACUUAUCUUUCUAACAUCCUUCUCAGAGUGCUUUGAAUUUUCAAAUAUUAUAUCAUCACUGCACUCAUUUCUUGUGGAAAGACAAAAGGCAGAUAAUCCCAAUUGAAAAC